GUUCCUGCAGCUACAUCUCCUUGGUAUGUACCUCGCCGUAUUGCAGGGCCAAUGAGAUUCUUUUUAAAAAGGCCUUAACUUCCCAUGGACCAGCUGCUAAUACUUAUGUUCCAUUCCAGACACUACUCCCUUUUCCUCGACUAUCAUAUUUCUUGAGCUUCGAGAUUACCAAUAUCCCAUAUAACCUUUCCGCCAUGUCCGAAAUCCUUGGUCACAAACGUGCGAAGGAGACAUUUGAAUCUCUAUGGAUUCAAUCCUUCCGGUGCAUCCGGCUGGUGUUCGGGUUUUAUGUAGCGCUCGCCAAUAUUUACGAUACGAGACCACAGGACGGUGUAAUGUUGACGGGAGCCUCAGCAGUGUCGUCACAGAUAGAGGAGCUGGCAAGACUCUGGUGCAGACUCUGCGCGUGGCUAAUAUUCUUGUUGUGCAUUGAUUGGUAUGGGAAGAUCAACAACCGAAAAGAGAAAGCCACAGCGACCAAUGCGGCUGAGGCCGUGCCUGAACCUCAGUCAUUCGAUCGGGCUUGUCCAGCCAUCUCUCAGACGCUCGUCGCAUGCGAGACACUUAUCAGAGCCUCUUUGGCUCAACUGGAGCUGGUCAGCUCGCUACUUAAGGAGAUCCAAGCAAGCGGACAGCACAGCACACAAGAUGAUGGUGGUGGUGGUGGUGUUGUAGUAGGGGUGGGGUCUGAGGCGACUAAUCUCAUCCCAGCAUAUGCAACAAGCCCAUCUGCCCAAAUGGAGUAAGCAACAGGUCUGCGCGACAAGCGAUGUAUGUAGUCUAGGCAAACUCUCCCAUCGGCACUUCCAAUCGCACCAGGGUUUCCACAAUGUCUUGAUCACUUAUACCUGUGCAUGCGGACAAUGUCCGCCCCUCAAGCAUCGUAGAAUAGAGCCAGCGCGUGUUAACAAGAGUCCAGUUGCCAACG